AUGGAGGACAAGGCUCCUUGUGCCUCCAUCGAAGAGGAUCUGCCGGGCUUCAUCCGGCGGAAAAAGAACAGCUCAACGCUGCUUACCUCGACGUCCUUACGAGUGCGACAUGACAUUUUCACGAUUUUCAUAAUGAUUUUCCUCAUUGGGAGGUUAAGCAUGAUUGAAGGAUGUCUCCCUUCGUGGUUCCGAGAUGAUCGGAGUGACGCGCAGGCGUUAGAGAAGAAUGUUCUGGAACAAAAUGAGAUUCUCGAGCCUCCUGCGUUACUUGAGACAUCUCAUUCAACAGUGAAGCAAGAUUCACAAGAAACUCGACCUCCCUAUGAAACGAACGAACUAGAAACUGAUCACGGUGAUUCGAAUGAGAGUGAAAGCGAGGAACUGGACGUGCUUUAUGGAACUGCUGCACCAAUCCGCGUGGAUCACAAGCUGGAGGAAGCCCGAAUGCGUCAUUCUAAACAGAAAUGUAAAGGUUGGUGUUAUCGAGGUGGAAACUGCUCCGUAGACGUUGAUGAGGUCACCUAUGAGCUUAGAUCAGUGAAUUGCCAUUGCCCUCACGGUUAUUGGGGCAGCAGAUGUGAACUGCACUUCGUAGCACGAUUGUUCGCUCCCGUCAAGGGUCAUGUCGAAGUGGAAAAGUCAGGUGUCUCCGCGUUCGCAUUUAUCAUUCUCAUGGUGAUCGUCUCCAUCGGCCUCAUUUUCUAUACGUACAGGAAGAUAGCACGACGUAAUACGGCAUUCAAUCUAACAGCAACUCCUUCGCUCAGUACUCAUCUUCGUCGUCCAACUGUUUCUUUCCAAACUACUCCUACCUCUGUUAAUACUACACCAAGCAGUAGUGGCACUUACAUGAGUCGCAACGCUUCACAGAAUUACAACUGGCGCACACCAUUCUCGCCACUUUCGAGAAGUUAUGGGCACUUAGCAGUAAAUCCACGCCAAUCCUCAUGCGACAGCACUCCAUCGUUGAGCAUUGCGCUCAGUAGACUAUCGCUCGGUUCGACCCGCCUUUUGCAGAAUCUCGAAGUGCCGACACUGAAAUCAGUUAGUAGAACUAGUAGUUAUCCAUUGAACAACUCUACUAAUCCGACUCCAUACAGCUUAAACCGAGCUCACAAUGAGAGUGCCUACUACAGCGCAAUGGGUACAUGGGCGGGUGAUCCCUCCAUUAGCAGCGAUGAUCAUCGGGAGGAGCAAUUGUUUUAUAGUGAGCACCGUAACUAG